AUGAGCAACGCCGCCUUUCCUAUCCUGUCCCUUACGGCCAGCUUUCGCUCUUUAGAUGGCAAGAAGACACUUAGGGGACCUCGAUAUGUUUACCCAUUUGGCAACUUUCGCCACAUGUUCUCUGAGUCUCGCGCUUUGAGUUACAAGUGGAAGAAGGAGUAUGGCCACAUUUAUCGUAUCUGGACUGGACUUUACAGCGAGGGACCGUUUCGCUGGGGAUUCGGCUACUGGAUGCACUCGCGCGAGGAAUUCCAAUCAGCCAAGGAGUACUUGAAGACCUGGAAGAAAUGGGUAGAAACUGCUUCCGAGAGCAGAAAGGGGCAGACUGACCUGCCAAUCACGAAGCUCUGGCAGGAGGUUGAGAAGGGGAAUCUGAGCAAAGAUGAGCUCCUGCAGACACUCACGGAGUCAACUGUGUUCAACCUUGAGCCCACUUCUCAUGCUCUGCUCAUGACGACACUGAUGGUUGCCGACGAUCCCAAAUUUCAGGAGGAGCUGGUGGCGGAAUUCGACAGCAAUCGAGACGACAUUCCUAGAUACAUUGGGCGCAAGGAUACGUUACUCCAUUACGCAUUUUUGGAAGCUAUGCGUGUCCAGCCUGUGCUUCCUUUCACACUUCCUGAAGCUGCGUCUGUCGAUAAAGAGCUCAGCGGCUUCAAGAUUCCAAAAGGGACCAGCGUCGUCACAUCCUCAUUCGCCCUCAACACGAAUCCGGAGUUUUGGGGCGCCGAUUCAACGUCCUUCCGACCUGCUAGGUUCGCUUCCGUGACCACAGUGGAGCUCCAGCGGAAUCUGAGCAUGUUUGGGUUUGGAGCUCGGAAAUGCUUGGGUCAGUUCUUCGCAGACAAGCAACUUCGUGCUGUGGUGUUUCACCUCUUCGAUAGGUACAAGGUUACAUGCAGUGACUACAGUACUUUCGAGAAGUGCUUCAAGGAUGAUAAGACGGAAUACAUCGAUCGGUUCGCUUUGGAGUUCAUGUUGCAGAAGCGGGAGCGAGCUUAG